AUGAGCUCCAUGGAUACAUCUUCGCCGCAGGAGCCAGCGUUUGCAAAGGAUGACGCCGAUGGCGCAGCAUCAGCCGAUGCAUCACCGGCUUCUGAUUCUGACGACUCCAUCACCGUCCACUUGCUCCACGCAUCUGGUCGUUCCAUCCCUGUUUCAGUGCAGAUCUCGAAUACCAUCCGUGAUGUGAAGCACCGGAUCCGGAAGACCUACGAACAUGAAGGCGCCCCUCCUGGCUACUCUGAUGGCUCUGUUCUGAAGCUCAUUCUGGGCUCGAUGGAACUCGAAGAGGACGAACUAACAGUGGCUGAUCAUGGUAUCGAAGACGGGGAGACACUGACCAUCGUCGUGCAGCCAUCAAGGUGGCGGUCCUUGACAGCGAAUCUCCACAUGAUUCGACAGCUGGGGCAGACUCCUCCUCCGCCGCGGAGUUUGUUCUGGGAUAUGCAGGGACGUCGGGGUUAG